CAUGACUCACUAUGUAUGUAUUUAUGUAAGGUGCAUAACCACAUGACGCGUUUGAUUGGCUGGAUUAAACAAAUCCAGCCAAUUAGUUUUUUUCCUUUGGUCUUUUAAACAAGUACAUUCUGUAGAUGGAGGACUCUGAUGAUGAUGAAUGGGAAAUCACUUCAUCUCCCGUCACAAACAAGAAACGAGAGGAAAAGAAAAAACGACCUACCAUAUCCGCUGCUUCAAUUCGUACCAUAAGAGCCAAUCUACCUAAACCUAUACCAAUCCAUGUCGUGUCUGCACCUAUCACACCCGUUGCUUCACCUGCACCCAUACCACCGCCUGUAUCACUUACACCACCACCACCCACAACGCAUGUAUCACUUCAGUACAUCUCAGACGACGAACUUAAACACAUGUGUCAACAGAUGGAUUCUGAUUUAUUGAUGUUACGUCUUAUCCAUGUCUAUAAAAGUGCUGAUAUUUACCUCAAGAUUCGUGAGAUUGAAACACCUGGUUCAUUGAUUGAAGUUCGCCUUUGUCGUCAUUUACAUUACUGUCAAGAUCCUAGUGAUUUUAUUCUCAAUACAUUGUCUUCUUUAUCUAGCUAUUUCACUCAACAUUCAAGGAACAAGGAACUCUUGCCUAAAUUUCGUCGAUUGCUUUCUACCAAUCUAUGCACAGCCCUUGCCAAGUUUCUAGAUACACCUAUUGAUAAACAACGCGCUCAAUGUGCUCAAUUCUAUCAAGAGAUAAAAGAAGUGGAUUUAAUUUCAUUUGAAGAUCAAGCAACAUCGUCACUUGCUAAAGAAAUGGAUUUGAUAUCGUUUGAUGAGCAUCCUUUGAUUGAGCUACAUAAUUCCAGUGAAGAAGAGGAAGAAGAAGAGGAAGAGAGUGAAGAAGUGGCUGUGAUUACCAUUGAAGAUAUACUUGGUAUGCCUGCUGACUUUAUAGAGCGAUAUACACUUCGCCGUGAUAACCAAUUGAAGUUGAUUCAUAUGAUGGACAGUAUUUCUUGUCCUGUCAUUGUUUAUUAUGCUAUGGAUGUCUAUCGACUGCCAGAAUUGAUUGCCAAAGGAUGUGAAUUUGAAGCAGAAGGAGUCAAACUAUGUCGUAUUUUGAUCAAGCAUGCUUAUUAUGAUGAAGCAGUGACGAGUAUCCGUAAACUCGAUUUGUUUGCCUGCUUCUCAGUAGAGAGAACUGCAGAACAGUUCUUUACUGCAGGUUAUGGUGCUUAUCUGAUCACACUGUAUCAAGGUCAACCUGAUCUACAGAGACAACUAGUAUCGUAUAUCAACAAACAAUUGCGAUUUACCUAUGCUGGUAAUCUCGAUAUUGUGCCUGCUCAUCACUUUGAAGACCUAGCCACAGACAACAUACCUCAACUUUCUCGACUCAAGGAGCGCAAAUUCCAAAAGGAUCUUGUGGGAUGUGGUGCUAAACUAUUGAAAGAGAUAGGCUUGGAAGGAUCUGAACAAGAAGGCUAUUUUAUCCAUUUGUCUCAACGGUAUUCUUGUCUACGGUUCAUUCUGGCACAAAGAGCUAUUCAGCAAAUAGAAGAUAAUGAUACGUCGAUUGCUACCAGUUCCAAUUUCAAUGGUCUGAUUGAUCUUGUUUGUGAAAAUGAUCCUGUCAUGGCUCGAUUGGCGAUUAAAGAACUGAUUGAUAUGGGCGAUGCCAUUGCACCUGCUCAUUUUGCUUCUCUUUAUAAACAACAAGAGUUUUAUUGUCGAUACAAUGCAUUACCACUGAAUCAACGACUACUAGGCAUUGUCAAGGGUGAAAUCAUGUCACGUCAUCAAAGUACACUGACACCUAAAAAGACCAAGAAACUAGUGUGUUAUCCUUUUUAUCAGUUACCAGCCAAGGCUCAAUGUGUGGUUGUGGAUUCAAUUCAAACUUUGUUACAAAUGAAAGAUGUGUUAUCGACAUCCACUGUUUGUGGUUUAGAUACCGAAUGGGUACCUACAUUUGCUAAAACGACUGAUGUCAAGACAGCCUUGAUGCAGAUUGCAACAGAUAUUGAUGGAUUUGUAUUUUUAUUGGAUCUCAAAACAAUACUUGAACCUCAACAUACGCGACUACUUCAAUUGACAGAGAUCAUUUUAAGGCUUUUGUUUGAAGAUGAACAGAUUCUCAAACUAGCCUUUGAUUUUACGGGUGAUUUAGACUUGUUGCAUUUAUCCAUACCUUCUUCUAAGCAUUGGAAAAUGAACCACUUGCUAGACUUAAAGACAAUCAAAUCUAAGCAAGGCAGUGUUGUUACGGGUGGAUUGGCAGGUGUUGUGACUGAAUUCUUGGCGUGUUCUCUCAAUAAGCGACAACAACUGAGUAACUGGGAAAAAAGACCUCUUUCUGAAGAACAAAUUCUGUAUGGAGCAUGCGAUGCUUAUUGUUUGUUAGAUAUUUAUGAUGUUCUUUGUCAAAUCAAUCAUCCUAUUCUUUCUAAUAUCCAUCGCUCAUCCUAAAGAGCUUCAAAACUACAUAUAAAUAUAUAUAAAUAUAUAUAAAUAUAUAAAUUAAUUUAUUCUACUG